AUGUUUGCACGCUUCAUAGCUCAUUCUUUCGAUUCAACAGAUAUUUCAACUAUUGAGGCCCGGCUUUGGGUUGGAAUUACUUCUGUCAACUUUUUCGAUCCCGACGACCUUGAAGAUGAUCCAGCUGAUAGUGAUAACAGUAAAGAUGAAGUGAAACUCGACAUCGGUGAUAUCUCAACUCCCCUCUCUUCCCCCGCCUUCCUAAUAACUCUCCGUUUUGGGGGAGACGCUCUACCAGGUCAACCACAGACGCUUCUCUCCCCCUACGAUGGUUGGAUGGCUAUGCAUGUUGGAAUGAUGGAAGAAACCACUCUUUAUCCUGUUCCGACCUCUUGGGAAGUCCUUGAAUCUCUUUUAGGUCAUUGGACUUCACGGGGUGGUGUUAGAGCUUUUCAUCAUCUGGUGACCCACGGCCCAGGAGCCGGUUCGAUGCCAUUCACUAAUCCUCCUCAACUCUUGGACCUGACCUUCUGUUUGGAAAAGGGCAACCUUGUGCUAGAUUUGACCGCUAGACCCAGAAAGUGGGGCAGGCGAUCGAAGAGGGGUGGUACACUGGGUCAAAGUGAAAGCAAGGCUCCAAUUCAAAAGGUAAAACUUCUACAGGGUUUCUCUGCCUCGCUAAAUAGCGAGGGAGUCCUUGAGGUCUGUGGAGCUCUUCCAGUAUUAAAUCGAAUAAAUCUAUCCACUCCUUCAUCGCAAUCUUCCACUGGCUUGAUGUCGCCAAAUAAUGGCGCCCAAUCACCUAUUACUCUGGCCAACAUGAGCUUGUCAAGCAAGCUGAACUCCCCUCCAAAGAGUGUGUCUCCUCUCAUCACUGACCACUCCGAAUCUUCGAAUAAUCUUCAGACGAAUGUGAGCCCAGCUGAGUACCCUAAUUCACCACCCCUUCCACCUCGCCGUGCGUUUUCUCGGGGACCCUCAUUUCAACGAAGGCAAAAAGGACACCUACCACAGCCACCGCUGGAAUCGCAAGCACAUUUGGCUGAAGAGAAUGCUAAAUUGCACCUCAUGGUAAGUGAUAUCCUGAUGAGAGAAGCACAUAUACACCUUGCUUCCUUAGAGAUGGUGGGGCAACCCUCUGGAAUCUUAUUUAAGGCAAUGGUAAUUUCUACAUAA